AUGUCUAAACCCCGCCGUCAGCGACCACGCACAACCAACUUCCAUUUUCGAGCCGGUGGAACCCCGUCUCGUCUCCUGUGGUUUGGCCUUGGGGCCAUAUUUGCCGGCUGGUGGUCGUCACCACCCACAACGGACUUCCAUUUUCGAGACGGUGGAAACCCUUCUCGUCUCCUGUGGUUUGCCCUUGGGGCCAUAUCUGCCAGCUGGUGGUCGUCACGACGCACAACCAACAUCCAUUUUCGAGCGGGUGGAGCCCCUUCUCGUCUCCUGUGGUUUGGCCUUGGGGCCAUAUUUGCCAGCUGGUGGUCGUCGGAUAAUGAACCCACCUUCUCGCUCAAGUCAGGCGCAUGCGUUGCAAUUUCAUCCUGA